AUCAACCCCAGUUGUUCGACGAGUGAAGAGGACGAAGGCAGUAUAGCGGCCAAAGUUGUGGCCUAAAAACGCUUAUAUUUUCCCGAUCGUGGGCGGAAAGGACCGUUCAUUCGCCCAAUAUACUAACUUUCUGUUGGGAAGCCAUCUCAAUCGGAGAGGAAACUAUUAGUUCCAGGUUCAAUGACCGAACAACUUGAUUCUUCGUCAUCUGUUCCGACCGACGGGAGUCGGGAGAAUAUGGAGCAAGACGGCAGUGAGGGGGACGACGAACGCACUAGCGGACAGAGCGGAGGAGAAGCAGGCGAUGGAGCAUCUUUAGCGGAGAAAGAAGAUGCUCAACAGAGUGAAAGCUGUGUCCCGGUCACAACAGCAACGCGAUCGGUCGCGGACUGGAAACCUUUGCCCGUUCGGAAAAAACACCGUCGCGGGUCGAGGCGGAAUCAAAACAGACCCGGGAAAAGAUACGUUCCUUAUUCCAAACUUUCGUGGGAAGAGAAAAAGCAGCGAGACGAGAGAGACACAAAGCGAGCCUUUAAACUCCGAGAACAAAUAAAUGCUAAGGGGCGACCCACCGCGCCUUACAACACUACUCAGUUUUUGAUGGCCGAACACGAUUUAGCGGAGCCAGAUUUGGGUUCACAUGUUCAUAUGCAAUCGGAUGGCGAAGAAACUCCUUUGAGGAGUAGGGUACCGUCUAACUCCUGCGACGAUUCGGAUUUCGAUGAUGACUACAAUGAAUCCCCCGAAGACGAAAUUUACGAGCAGCAGUUCUUCGAGAAAGACUUCACGGAGGCCUACGAGCAAGUUCAUGUAGAGAACUUGCAUUCAAUGAGCAAAAGUGAACUUGUACGCGAAUUUAUGCUUCUAGAGGAACGUGUAGAAAACAUGGAAAUUAAACUGAAAGAGUCUGAAGCUAUAGGCAGCGUUUUUGCGAGGCGAAUUUCUGUUGAAGAACUGUCUGGGGCUUUAAACGGUGACAGCAAUUUAGACUUGAACAAGGCAGACUCGAAGACUCGAGAGGAAAUAUUGCUCGUAGAAUUAAGCAGACUUCGGAAAGAAAAUGAACGCUUACUAGCAGAAAACGAAGACAUAAAGAAACGCUUUCAGAAAUCUGUUUCACCUAAAGUCUCCUAAUGUCCAGUUGGACGUAUUUUGUGACGCUGUAGUUGAUUUAAAGUUCCAAUCCUGUACGCUACGAGGAUUCCAGUGAGUGGCUGAAGUAUGUACACACUAAAAAAUAACAAUCUGUGUUUGGCACAAGUUUCUAGUGUAUGGUAGUGUAGACGCGAUGUCGGAGUUUCCCAGCGAAGACACGGUUAAUGUAUUGCAAAUAAUUUAGCCAAGGAUGUAUUUUUUAAAUAAAAUUCAUAUGUAGUGAUCUCGA